AUGGAUAUUGAAAAGUGCUAUGAACAGUCAUGUAAGAACAGAGAUAAAAAGAAUGAAUCUAAUAUAAAUGGUUUAUAUGAAAAUAAGAAGAAACAAAUAUAUCCACCUGAUAGAGAUGAAAUUGGUAGAGCAUCCUGGAUGAUUUUACACACGAUAUCUGCUAACUUUCCAGAUAAUCCAUCAGAAAAUGAUAAAAUAAAACAUACGAGAUUUUUUUAUGCUUUUUCAAAUUUAUAUCCUUGUCAUAUUUGUAAAUUAGAUUUAUUAAAUAUUUUAAAAAAAUAUCAUUUAAAUUGUAACAAUAAAAUUAUGUUUUCAACUUUUAUUUUUAAUUUACAUAAUAUGAUCAAUCAAGAAAUUGGUAAAGACCUCUAUCCAUGUCACGAUAUACAAACCAUAAUUGACAAAUACAAAACGAUCGAUUAG